AAUCAAUUUGCUAUCAAAGCAAAUGUGACCCCAAGUCUUCCUAGACCAUAUAUGCAUGCAGCAACCAACAGCCAAAGGCAGCUGUUUCUUCUCUCCUUCCUUAUGAUACUUAUCCUGAUCAACCAUAAAUCGUACGUUAUAACGAGUUGAAAUAUUAUUAAUGACUCAGUGUGUACCGAGUUGGGACGUACAAGAUAAUAGUUCCAACGGCAGCCGCCUGAAAGUCGCUUUUUCCAAUUCCAUGCCUUCCAAUCUCGACGUUCCAACACUAGAUUAUGAAGUGGCCGAAUUAACAUGGAAAAACGGCCAAUUAGCCAUGCAUGGCUUAGGUCCUCCACGCCUGGUGUACAAAUCCCAGGCGUGGGACAAGCCACGCGCCGCCGAGACGCUGGAGGCAAUAGUCGACCAAGCCACCCUCCAACCCCAGCACAAAUCACCCACGGACCUCUUCGUGGACGACCUAGUCCCAUGGCUAGACUACCACACGUCCGCUGUGGCAUCCGGUACUGUCAACGCGUCCGCCACUACAACAAUGGACGCGUUGGUACCAAACUCUGCCACACAACCCCAGGCGCUGAUAUCCAUGGGGACAAAUGGAGGGAGAACAGGAGGUUGCUCCACGCGCGUGGGGUCGUGUAGCAUGAGUGGUGCCGCGGCGGCACCACAUGAGUGGAGCAGUUGUAGAGACCAGAGUGUGAGUGGUAGUGAGACUUUUGGAAUGGAGAGUAGCCGACAGUUGACCGUUGACACUCGUGAGAGGGAAUUGGGUGUGAAAGGGCUUACGUCAACUUCCAUGGGGUCGCCGGAUGAUACUGUUUCCGGUAAACGAUCGUUUAAAUCGAUGUCUCCUGAUGAACAUGACUCCGUUUGUCAUAGUAGACCUCAGAAGAAUGAAUCGGAAGAAAAGAAGAAAGCAAAACUAGGGAAAUCUUCUUCAGUUACAACUAAAAGAAGUAGAGCAGCUGCAAUUCAUAAUCAGUCUGAACGGAGGCGAAGAGACAAGAUCAAUGAGAAAAUGAAGACAUUACAAAAGCUUGUUCCAAAUGCUAAUAAGACGGAUAAAGCAUCAAUGCUCGAUGAAGUGAUCGAAUACCUAAAACAAUUACAAGCACAAAUCCACAUGAUGGGUAGAAUGAACAUGUCACCUAUGAUGAUGCCAUUAGCCAUGCAACAACUUCAAAUGGCCAUGAUGAACCCAAUGGGAAUGGGCAUGGGGAUGGGAAUGGGAAUGCCAGGAGUCAUGGACUUGAACGCCAUCAGCGGUAGCCACCCGAACAUCCCUGGAAUGCCGCCAGUCUUCCACCCUUCCACCCUCAUGCAACCGAUGAUGGCUUCAUGGGAUAUGCACACCAAUGGAGAUCGAGUUCAAAACCAUAAUGAUCCAAUGGCUGCCCUACUUGCAAACCAAUCACAGCCAAUGACAAUGGAGAAUUAUAGUAGAAUGGCUGCUUUGUUUCAGCAUAUGCAGAAUCAACCGUGCUACUCAUCUGGUCUCAAGAAUUAAAACUAUUAACUUAUUUUAUUUUAUCAUUUAAAAUUAAAUAUGUUAUUUGUUUUAAAUAUUUAGUUAACUAUAGGUUUAUAAUUUAAAGGUAAUGUAUAUUUUAAUUCAGAUUUAUAGUUCUGAAUUUGAUUUA